AGCUAACCAUAUAUUUCUUUGCGAGUGAGAGGCAAUAUUAGAGAUAACGAUUCGUUCUACUCAACAGCGGUAAAGGUUACGGAGCACCCCCCGGCAUUUAAAACUCAACGGCCCCUUGUCCGCUUACCCGUGAGGUCCGUGAGGAUAGUAGCUAAUGAAGCGCGAAACGAAAACCACCACCACCACCACCACCUCCACCACCAUUACCAGUACCGACCCCUCUCCAGUGAUGGCCUCCUCCUCUCCCUUCCCCCCUUCCUCCUCCUCCUCUCCUCCCCACCACAUCUCCCCCAUCAGCGUCGAGCAAGAAAACAAAGACAACUACAGCAGCAACAGAAGCAACAACGUCCAAGGUGCCACAAGAGAACCAAGAAGCCUCACCGCUGGGCCCCAACACCACCACCACCACCAACCUACUCCUCUCCACCCUUCCUCCAAGAAACCACCCAAACCCACCCCUUCCUCCGCCUCCGCCUCCGCCUCCGCUUCCGCCGGCUCUGUCUCCGUCUCCUGCUCCGGCUGCCGCCCGUCCUCCCGCGACAAGCCCUCAGUCGUGCCCCUCGAUCCCCCUCCUUCUUCCCCCUCCCUCUUCCGCUCCCUCAUCCUCAACCUCUCCGCCGCACCACCCUCUCGUCUCCGCCCGCCGCCACCCUCGCCGCGCGCCGCACCCUCCUCGCGCGCCGCGGCGAGGAGUGGCGCUCGCGCCCGAGUCUCCCGCAAGCUCCUCGCGCCGACCCGUAAGCGCGACGAGGCCCUCCUCAGAGCCUCCCGCUCAAAUAUCCCGUCGCGAGCAUCCAAUACCAAUUCUCCCUCCUCCCUUCCCCUCCCCUCUCCAUUCCAAACCCUUCACUCCGCAUCCGUUUCCCACUCCGCGCUCAUCCCACCGCCUUCCCCGCUCCCUUCCUCCGCUCCAAAACCCUAA